UUUCGAUCUUCCACGUGGCGAGUUCGAGUGACGAUGGCGCGGGGAACGAUGCGCUUGCUGGCGCUGCUGGCGACGCUGCUGGUGGUCGUGAGCUGGUCCGGAGGGGACGUCGAAGCCAAGAAGAGCCGCAAGGGCAAGGACGCGCCGCUCAAGGGCAGCGAGAAGCUGGUACAGCUGCAGGGUCGCGUGCGUGACGGUGUGAUCCCCUUCACGAGCGAACUCUUCGGACGCUACGCUGUGCGACCGGACCGUCCGUACCACCUGGUGCUGCUGUUCACAGCCACUGCUGCCAAGUACAAAUGCGAGACGUGUGCGCAAGUGGCGCCUGAGUUUGAGACGCUGGGCGAGAGUUACGAAGCUGCCAAGCAGGUCAAAGUGGACACGCGCGAUGGACUCGAGGUUUUCUUCGGUGUCGUGGACUUUGAGACCAACCAGGAGGCCUUCGGUAUGUACGAGUUCACGUCUGCUCCUCACGUGGUGUACGUGGCGCCCGACCGCUCCAUUGACGCGGGCGACCGCAUGCCAAAGAAGGCCAAAGUGGAGCCGCAGAACCUCUACAACGUCUACUCACAGGGCAAGGAGGCCGAGUCUAUGGCCACUUUUGUCAAGCAACGUACGGGCUUCGAGUUCGCUGUCCAGAGAUCCAAGACGUUCCUCUACGUGCUGCUAGUUGUGGCACUAGCGUCCACUGCUUUGACGGCGAAACUGGUGCUGUCCCAUCUGGACUUUGUGAUGGCCAAACUGCGUCGCAAACAGCUCUGGAUGACAGUCUCGCUGCUGUUCUACGGCCUCUCUGUGUCAGGUAUGGUAUACUGCAUCAUCCGCAACCCGCCUCCCUACACGGCCGACCGCAAGGGCAACAUCCAGUACUUCCACCCUCAGGGUCGCCAGCAGUUCGUCUACGAAGGGCUCAUUGUCGGCGGCUACGACGUGGCUGCUGCCGUCUUCAUGAUCCUACUCUCGCAGUGGGCGCUGUACGUACGCAACCCUGCUGUGCGCUAUCUGUCCAUCGUGGGCUGCGCUGUGGGCUUCGUGUUCAUGUAUCGCCAGAUGACGAACGCCUACAAGUUCAAGAACCGCUGGUACACGGGCUGGAUGGGCUUCUAAGGCGCUUGACCCAAGUACGCUACACUACGAUGCAUUGCGUUCAUUUGUGUAGGACUAAGAGCUCAAUUUGAACAAGUUGUCAUCACGUCAA